AAGCAUACGUGUUUUCACUUAGCAUUGUAAACGUUCUUUCUUUCACAGAUCUCGAGCCGAACAGGCGUGAAAAUUUAUGUAUGCGGCGUGACUUAGCUAUAGCAUUCAACAAAACUGUACCAUACUUGAAAUAUGCUGUGCUCAUCUAGUGCUCAAGCGUUGAAACUGUUCAUCAAAGAUCCCAAUAUGAGAAAAUUUAGUGCUUUAUGCUCUUUUGUAGUGCGGCACAAUAAAAAAGCAUCCUUUGAAUGGACAUCGAAAAGAAAUUCUCAUACCGAAUCCCUCAUGAAGAAGUAUGCUUCGAAGAUCAUCGACGGGAAGAAGAUCGCCGCCCAGAUCCAGGCCGAGAUCAAGUACGACAUCCAAAAGUGGCUGGCCAGGGGGAACAGGGGCCCCCACCUCAGCGUGGUCCUGGUAGGGGACAACCCGGCCAGCGCAGUCUACGUCAACAACAAACUUAAAGCAGCCCGAAACACAGGCAUCUCGAGCGAGACCAUCCUCCGUCCGGCCAAGACCUCCGAGGACGAGGUCCUGUCCAUCAUCCGGGAGCUGAACGACAACCCGAACGUGGACGGGAUCCUCGUCCAGCUGCCCCUCCCCAGCCACAUGAACGAGAGGCGGGUCUGCAACGCCAUCGCGCCGCACAAGGACGUCGACGGAUUCCACGUCGUCAACGUCGGACGGUUCUGUCUGGACAUGAACGCCCUCAUCCCGUGCACGCCCCUGGGCAUCAUGGAACUGCUGCGCAGGGCUGGCAUCGAAACAUUUGGUAAAAAUGCAGUCGUUUGCGGAAGAUCAAAAAAUGUUGGAAUGCCCAUGUCCAUGCUCUUACACGCUGAUGGAAUCAACGAGACACAAGCAGGUGACGCCACGGUGACGAUCUGCCAUCGGCACACCCCCGCUGAGCAGCUGGUGGAAUUCACCAAGCGGGCCGACAUCCUGGUGGUGGCCACAGGCAUCCCCCACCUCAUCACCGCAGACAUGGUCAAGGAAGGGGUGGCGGUCAUCGACGUCGGCAUCUCGCGCAUCAAGGACCCCGUCUCGGGACAGUCCAGGCUCGUCGGGGACGUCGACUUCGACAGGGUGAUAGAAAAAGCGAGCUACAUCACCCCCGUGCCAGGGGGUGUGGGUCCCAUGACGGUGGCCAUGCUGAUGAAGAACACCUACACGGCUGCCUGCAGCGAGGUCCAUUACCAGACCGGUACCAUCGCCGAGUACCAGACCUGGGACGACGAGUCGGAGAAUGUCGCUUUCGUCAUUUGAGCUUGCUGGACUUGACCCCAUGUGAUCCUGUUGCUCCGUUUGCAUGUGAUACACGGAACGAUAUUGUGGGACACGUUAUGGUUUGACUCUCAUAGGAUGGACUUCCGACGGACCAAAGAUGGAUUCCAAUUCGCUAAAAUAGGAGAGGGGAAAACCGGUUUUAGAAAAGCGAUGCAUGAUUAUGGUUGGGCAUCGUCAUUGUACAUUUGGGGAUAAAUUUACGUAAUAGUUUUGGUCUGGACCCGUUUGGUUGAACUUCACUUUUCAAAAGUCUCUUCGGUUUUAAAAAUAUUUAGUACAUUCUAAAUUAUCUUGCCUUCUUGGUAAUGAAUCACCUUCUGGGAAUACUGAAUCGAAUGUAUACUAACAUGUUCUAUUUGAAAAUAUAAAGCACAUUCCAAGGAGAGCCCGUAGCAUACAAGAUUUAUAUAGGAAACAAUGAGCGGUUAAAGAUUUAUUCACAAGAAAUUCCUGCAAUGGAAUCUCAAAUGUGAGUCAAUAAAGCUAAUAACUCCUCUUAUUUCUGAUGCUCCCAGAAAGGAAAUGAACUCCCUCAUAGUCAGGCCUCAUCUUAUCAGAGCCAGACUAAACCGUUACUUUUAGCUACACGCAUUGUCUCCAAAAGAAGAAAACGAUUUCAAAAUAGUGACAUGGAUUUUCUUUCAUUGUCGGUUUUCAUUCUCUACUAGGAAUGAAUGCGCAAAUUGAAAUAUGACACCAUUCAUAACAGUUCAGCAAGUGUCAACGAAACGCUUUUGAAAUCUUUGUGAACUGUAAAUUGCAUAUAUUACAGGGUUGCGGAGUCGGAGGCUUGAAAUUCCGAGAGUCGGAGUCGGUUAUUUUCCCUCAGACUCCGCAGCAUAGCCGAAGGUAAACAUUUAGUUCGAAAGAGUACGUUUACCAAAAAGUUUUCGUAAGUUAACCCUUUAAGAUCUGAUUUGCCAUUUCUUUUAUUUUAACAUGUUACACAGGGGGGGGGGAGACGGUAUGAAGUGAUUUAUUCGUGCGUCUUUUUGAUUCGUAUUAUUGACGUUAAUAAGAUUACACAAAAACACUUAAAACGGGAAACACUGGAUUAGAGUGUUUAGAUUGAAAUAUUUUAUCAUUUCUAAUAUUUCUCCUAAUUUUGUAUUUUAUUUUAGAAACUAUCAAACAGUUUUGACUUCUGGUACGAAUGGAUGAUUGAAACAUUUCACUGUUUUAUGUUGUUCAAAUAAUGUGCAUUUUGUAGUAUAACGUGCACCAACUUUCUAUAGUUCAACGCGAGAAAGGUGACUUCUUUUUUUCUAAAUAGCUAAGAUUUAAAUCAAGUAUUUAAAAGGGAAAAGACAGUAUGUUUGUAAGUUGUGGUAGUGGAAAAUUGUAGAAUUAAGCAGACAUGAAUACUAACAUACUAACUAGCAAUGAACUGCCAAAUAAUAGAUCAUUGAAGUUUUUACGAAUCAUAAUUAACACUGCAAAUUGAGCUUUUAUUAAUUAAACACAUCAAGUUCUAUAAAGGUUGCGUUCGACAAAACUCACCGGUCGACCGGUAAGUAACUGGUUACUAACCGAAGCGUUCUAUGAUCAACCGGUUACCACAGCGGUUACCAUUCUAAGCAGUUGAUUGGUUGAUUGUAACGCGUGAUCAUUAGCUGUCACGUGAUUAACUAACCGGUCGCUCUCGGUCGAGCUCGUCGAACGCAACCAAAGCAAACAUUCAUUGUUAUUUUGAGCAUUAUUUUGCUUGCGUAGUUAUUAGUUAUUUAGAAUGAGAAAAAAAAAAUUACCUUCAAAUUUAUUUGUUUUCUGCUUUAGAAUUAAUAAAUUCUAAAGAUUAAAAUGUAUUAAAAAAUACCGCAGACGAUAUUCAUUUUUGAACAAACUCGUUCUAAUAACUUGAAUUUUAGUACGCAAUGCAUUGUGAGUGUCCAAUUAAGCAAGAAAACUACUCGCCAAAAAAUGUGCCAAAUCGGCUAGACUUGUUUUUGUUGAUACUUGUUUCGGAAACUUGAAACUGGUUUCUUACUUCAAAUGUAUUUCUUAAAAGAGACUAGUGCUAAUGGAAAUUACACUUGAAGAACCCUAACUGAUUUACAAGUGAUUUCAGAUGAAUUAUGGGUUUGAAGGCACUGCUUGUUUACUUACGAAGGUUAGUUAACUAAUAUUUGAGUUUUUUAGUAUAUUGAAUGCUUCUAAACUUGUUUUCAGUAAAUGUUAGGUACGCCAUUUUUUUUAAAGACUAUUUUGUCUGAAGAAUGACAACUGCGUUCGAUUUUUUUUAACAAUCGGUGAUAUAUUAUUGUAUAUAAAAAUGUGACAUUCAAAUUUCAAUCACAAAAUGCGUUUUGUGAUUUAUAUUAUUUAACAUUUGUACGCAUGUUUAUAAUGCCAAUCUCUAGAGAUUUAUAACUAUUACUGAUGUAAUAACUUUACGUCGACUUUUGUACAUCAAAAUGCUAUGUGUAACAUUUACACCAUUUGGUUGUAUAUUGUUUAUUUUAUGACAUUGUUCUUAAAGAUUGUGUUGAAUGCAUUUAUUUCAAUAAAUCGUUUUAAGAUA